UUGGGCCUAGAGAAGGUAAGAGAUUUUGCACUCUUAGUAUCUCCUCCAUCCAUUGCUCCUCUUCUCAUCUCCAUGAGAAUCCGUAGAAGGCCAGGCUUCCUCCUCUCUCCUCCUCCUCCCAUGCAAAGCCCGGAUCUGUUAACUGAAACUCAUGAGCUCAAAAGCAACCAUUCAUGGUGUUCCGAACCAGCUGAUCAGCAAGAUUUAAAUAAGAAAGCUUCAGAAAGCCGGUUAUUGCACUCAGUUGAAGAUCUGCAACUGGAAGCCAGCAAAGCUUUUCCUUUCUUCAAUCCGGAUCAGUCCGAUCAAAACUCCCUCUUCUCAUUUCUCGAUUCAAAAAGAGAUCUGAAGGAAUCUCAUUCUCAGAAUCCGUCGGUUAAUACCACCAAAAGCUCAGGUGCACCGCCGUCGCCGGCGAAUAAGAGGAAAAAACCAGCUAUUCUAAUGGAGGGUUCGAGGUGCAGCCGAGUUAACGGUAGAGGCUGGCGUUGUAGCCAACCAACGCUUGUUGGCUACUCUCUCUGCGAGCACCAUUUAGGCAAAGGUAGGCUGAGGAGUAUGAGCUCAGUGAAAGAAGCCAAGCUUGAAAAUAGCUCUCCGGACAUAGUGUCAACGACAAAGUCGAAGAAGAAGAUUGGAGUGGUUAAAGCCAGGUCUCUUAGUAGUCUUCUUGGUGAUAACAUAGCCGGAGACAUGCCAUUGUCGACGCAGCUCCGGCGAAGUACCGAGAGAGAAGAAUGUUGAAUCUGCACUGAUGAUUUGGUACAAGCCUGUUCAUUUAAUUCAAAGGAUCAUGCAUGCUUCAUUACUUCCUAUGAGCAGGUGCAUGAUUGCCUUACUUUGAUCUAUAUCUGUAUGAACAAAGAAUUUUAAUGCAUUUGUUUAUUGAAAUUUUAUCA